AUGGAGAACUUUACUAUGGUCUUUGCAUUGAACCUUUCUCACAACAGUUUGACAGGAUUGAUCCCACAAGCGCUUUCUCACCUUGUACAAAUAGAAAGUCUAGAGCUUUCUUACAACAACUUGAAUGGGCAUAUUCUUCUUGAACUUGUGAAGUUACAUUUCUUGGCAUUUUUCAAUGUGCCAUACAACAACUUAUCUGGAAAGACACCUAAAAGGAUUGCACAAUUUGGAACAUUUGAUGAAAGCAGUUAUAUGGGAAAUCCUUUUCUUUGUGGCCCACAAUUGCAAAAGAACUGCUCAACAAUUGAACCAUCAUUCACACCAAAGGCUUUAAUUGGCAACAGAGGAGACAGUGGCCUAAUUGACAUGGAUGUCUUUUAUGUGAGUUUCAUCGUGUUUUACAUAAUAGUGCUAUUGGCUAUUGCUGUUGUGCUUUACAUAUAUCCUUAUUCGAGACAAGCAUGGUUCUAUCAUAUUGAAACGGGCAUUACUUCUUGCUACUAUUUUGUGGUUGACAAUCUGCCUAGAGAAUUGCAUUAUGGAAAUAUGUAG